ACAAUCAUCAUCUUCACUCUUUCCUUCAAUUAGAGCACGUUAACUGCAACUUUUCAUUCCUUGUGUGUUUAACAGUUUUCACAAUCAACAGAUUCUCAGUACAACUUGUUCAACUUCAACACGUUAACCAUCAUUAGUUUUAAUCAUGAAACGAUCCAACUCAACAAUUGAUAGUCAACAGGAUAAUACAAGAAAGUUUCGCGAAAACGACUGGAGACAAGAAAAUUGCCUUUAAAGGAUUAACACUUGAAUAUAACUUCGAUUUGUUUUGUAAUCAGUUUUAGUUGAAUUUGCAUUUCCAUUUCGCUUUAUGAUUAACCAAUUCUGCAAAUGGUUUUGUGACAAUUUGCUAGGAAUAUCACGGCUCAUGUUUAAUUGUUUUUGUUUCAUUAAAUACUUCAUUGUUCUUCCAAUCAAAUGAGGAUGAAGUUAAUGACAAGGAAAAUGUUUACCUCACCUUGUUAUUCAAACUUGAUGAGUUAUUUUUGCUUCCUAUCAACAUUACAAGUAACUUGUGGAACCAACUUUAUCUCAUCCUUUCCUUCCUCAACUGUUGACAAUGAGACUUCAUUAUUCUUCCAUCAUGACCAUUCAAAUGCUUACCCUCAACUAAACCAUCCCAGUAAACCAAUAAAAUCAAAAAAGAUUAAGUCAAGUGUACAGAAAAGAAGUUAUAAAGAAAAUCCAUUGGAUUCUCCUUAUAGUUAUUUUUCAACUGAACCUUCCGUCACAAACUCAGAUGAAAAUGAUCCAGGAGACAAUUAUAUUGGAGAUGUUCCCGAGUUUGUUGAUGCCAUUUCAAAUAUAACAGUUCCGAUUGGACGUGAAGCCAGAUUAACAUGUAUUGUAAGGAACCUCGGAGUUUUCAAGGUUGCUUGGAUGAGGAUCGAAGAUCAGACUAUUUUAACAAUACAUGAUCACAUAAUAACUCGCAAUUAUCGAAUUGGAUUGAGUCACAGUGAACUUCGCGUUUGGAAUUUGAUUAUCAAUGAUGCCCAGGAAGAGGACAGAGGAGGCUAUAUGUGCCAAAUAAAUACAGUUCCAAUGCUCUAUCAAAUUGGAUUUCUCGAUGUUGUUGUUCCUCCUCGUAUAUUAACGGCGGAAACAAGUGUCGAUGUGAUGAGACGUGAGAACAGUAAUGCAACGUUAACCUGUCGAGCUCGAGGCUACCCAUUGCCAAGGAUAACUUGGCGUCGUGAGGAUGGUAAACCCAUCGAGUAUGGCAACUGGCAGGAGAAAAAAGAUCAGGGAAUCCAACCACCUGAAGAAUUUGAAGGCGAACAACUGACCAUAAACAAAGUGAGUCGUCUUCACAUGGGUGCUUACCUUUGUAUAGCUACCAAUGGUGUUCAACCUUCAGUUAGCCACCGAAUCAUCUUAAAUGUUCACUUUCCGCCAAUGAUAUGGGUACCAAAUCAGCUAAUCGCUGCAUCAAUGGGCAGUGAUGCAGUAUUGAUUUGCAAUACAGAAUCUUCACCAAAAUCAAUCAACUAUUGGACAAAAGAUGAUGAAGAUGCCUUAAUAUCUAACGAUAAAUAUGAGAUACACACCGUUGAGAGGCUUUAUCGAGCCCAAAUGAUACUUAAAAUAAAAGACAUUUCACCAAAUGAUUUUGGAACCUUCAAGUGUUAUGCUCGAAACUCACUUGGUUCAACUGAAGGUUCAAUCAAAUUAUAUGGCAUUCACUCUCCUGGAGGUAAAGGUGCUCGUCGUGAUCCAACCAAUGCUAGAAGUCGAAGUUCUAACGAUGGUUCCGAUGUUAAUAAUGAUAUAACUUCAGGUAACCAAAAGCAAAGUAAAACAAUGUCCAUAGUUGUUAACCUUGUAAAUAUCAUUUUCAAUUUAAUCUUUGUAACUAUAAAUUAUUAAGCAAACGAUAUUAUAAUAAAGUGUAAAAAUUUCUUUCAUGUAACACAAAGUUGUAUAUUGUUUCCAUGUAAAUUAAUCGACAAUUGAGUG